AUGGGAUCGACUGACGAAGCGCAAGGGUAUGGCAAGGAUCAACAGAUGCCGGCAGGCUACCCCGACUGGGCAGCGGCUUUCCAGGCAUACUACGGGCAGGCGGGGCAGCCACCGCCGGGGUACUAUCCCGCAGCAGCCGCCGCUCCCCAGCACCAUCCCUACAUGUGGGGGCAGCAUAUGAUGACGCCAUACGGCCAGCCUCCCCCCUAUGACGCCCCCAUGUACCCCCCUGCUGCCAUGUACCCGGGCGCGCAGCCCUAUAUGGGGUACGGCAUGCCAUCAGCGACCGCAGCCUCCAUGGAUGCGUCCUCGGCCAUGGCGCCAGGCAUGGCGCCAGUGGGAAUGCAUGCGGAGCAGAGAGAUGGGGGAGGGGCGGCAGCAGCAGGCGCAGGGGGAGGGGGAGGCGAGGGAGUGGGGGAAGACGGGGGUGGCGCGAAGGCGGGGGAUGGGGGGGCUAUGGUUCCAGCGGGAGGGGGAGGGGUAGGCGGAGGCGGAGGGGGGAUGGGACCGGGGGGAGGGAUGACGUCAGAGGGGUCAAAGCUGCAGUCAGGGAACGGUGUGUUCUCCACCAGCGGUGGGGAGGAUGAUUCGGAGGAGGACGAGGGCACCGACCACAAUGAGGUGCGUGCUGCUGCUGCUGCUGCUGCUGCUGCUGCUGCUGCUGGUGUCGGUGGGGAAGAUGAUUCGGAGGAGGAUGAGGGCACCGACCAUAACGAGGAAGGGGGGGGCGCUGGCGGAAAGGCAGGGGAAGCAGGGGAAAUGGGGGGGAUGGUACCCAUAGACUACUGGUCCGCGCAAGCCCAAGCCCAAGCUCAAGCUCAGGCACAAAUGCACCAAGCAGCAGCUGCGGCUGCAGCAGGGCAGAUGGGGCCGGGGGGACAGGGAGUGGGCAUGGCAGGCGGAAUGGGGGGGAUUCCCGGAGUGGGGGCGGGCGGGGGGGCGGCUGGGGUGGCAGGGGGAGCUGGGGGAAUGGUUGGCGGGGGGAUGGGCGGUGCUGCUGGUGGCAGUAGUGGUGGUGGUGUUGCUGGGGGCGCAGGGGUAGCAGGGGCGGGGAAGAAGCGGGGUGCGGUGGCGGGGGGAGGGGGAGGGAUGGGAAUGUCAUCAGACCUAUGGGUGCACUCCGUGAGUCUCCUUUCGCCUCCCUCACUCAAAGUCUCUUUACCCAGGUGCGCCGCUGCUUCUUCACCUCAGGGGCGUCCUGUUCUUACCGCGACCUCCUUUCCUCAUCUCUCGGCCCCCCAUUCCCCCUUCUGCCAACAGGACGACCGGGAGGUGAAGAAGCAGCGGCGCAAGCAGUCCAACAGAGAGUCGGCUAGGCGGUCCCGGCUGCGGAAGCAGGCGGAUUGUGAGGAUCUGAUGGGGCGGGUGCGCGCUCUAACGGAUGAGAAUCAGACGAUUCGAGUGGAGCUGCAGCGCAUGCAGGAGGAGUGCCACAAGAUGGCGCAGCAGAACGCGUUGCUGCAGGAGAGGCUGAACGGCAAGGCAGCACCAGGCGGCCCGUCCUCACACUCCCCAGCCCCCUCAGACCUCCACCCUGCCGCCGCCCUCCCUCUCCCGUCCUCGGGACUUGGCCCCAAUGCGCUGCCGCCACACAUGCCACCAGAUGCAUCUGCAGCCGUUGAUCCUUCUGGAGCUGCGAUGUCAUUGGCCGGUGCGCCUGGUGCUGAUGUGAAUGGUGCGCUAGUGCCUGUAGGUCAGCAGCAGUUGCAGCAGGGAGGGGUGGGGGGAGGGGUGUUAGCAGUUGGCAAUGGCGGUGGUCAUGGAGGGGAGGGGUUAGGUGCUGCAGGUGCCUCUGCAGCGCGGUUAGGGCAGGGGAGCGAAAAGCACAAUGUUGUGACUGCUGUUUCAUAA